AACACCAACUUUUGCUAUUCGAUUCCUGACUAGUGACGUUUUUAAGCUACGUACAUCUCUCUCCAAAUCGAAAGAAACAACUAUACAAUGGCUCCUCUUGAUACCAUCGGACUCAUUCUGGGUGCUCUGACCGCAGGAGGCGGCAUCACUGGCUACGUGCGAACCGGCUCUGUUCCUUCCGUCGUGGCAGGUGUCUCCGUCGGUGUUCUCUACAUCCUUGGUGGUCUCCGCAUCCAGAACCGUCAACCCUAUGGCGUGGAGCUUGGUCUCCUCGCCUCGGUUGUAUUGGGUGGAAGCUCGAUCCCGAGAGCUCUCAAGAGCCAGAAACCUCUGCCCGUGGGUCUGAGCCUUUUGGCGCUGUAUGGGCUGUGGGCGUUUGGAGCCGCUUUUUCCAGGGGUAGGACCAAUUGAAAAGUCAUCAAGGCGGGUCAGAAAGCGUUUGUAUACUAGGGAUAUGAGUACAGCCACACUUUUAUCGACAAGACGGUCUUUGAU